UUAACACCAGAGUAAAUGACACCCACGGCAGCUCAUAUCCGCCCGAGGAGGUCUAUUCCCGACAUCUUAACAACGGAGGACUCCGAUAUCUUGUGUGUAGCAAACAGUAGCGAGUUUGUUAAAUCCUGAGAUGUUAGUUUCUAGGAAAGUUAACGAACUGUUAUUGGUACCCGUCAAAGUGAAAACCCAGCCCCGUGAGACAUGCAGCCCACUGCCCAUGUGCGCGUUCUAACCCGCCCUGUGUGUCCCCCAGACGCCAUUCUCCUGCUCCUGAUCCUCCACUACAACGGCAGCCUGCGGCAGAGCCUCCUCUACACCUUGCUGUUGGUCGGGGGCUGGAGGCUCCUCACUGUGGAAAAGUGGAUCGUAGACUUGGCUAUGAGCCUGUGCACCUUCAUCAGCGCCGCCAGUAAAUUUGUCCAGCUGCAGUGCCUGUGGAGGUCCAAGGACGCUGGGCAGGUCAGCGCCCUCUCCUGGGCUAUGGCUACCUACACGUGUAUGGCGCGGAUCUACACCACCACGGUGACCACCGGAGACAUGCAGGUUCUGGUGCGGUUCAUUGCCAUGACUUUGCUCAACCUGUGGGUGCUGCUCACCGUGCUCUACUACCAGAGGCACAGCAGCAGCUCCAAGAAAGAGGACUAAGCUUUGAGAGCCGGGGCCCUGAGACCGGGGCCCGUCCCGUAAACCUGGGGCUCACUCCCAGCAGAGCGAGAACCGGCUCACUGCGGACACACAGGACUGACGCGUAACUGUUAUGCAAGCAGCUUUUGUAAUACUGACCCGUUAAAUGUUUUUAAAUAUAAUGACCUCAGUAUUGAACCCACAUAUUUCUUAAUAACACUCCAGUGACGACGUGUAGUGAGAGCAUUUUCAUACUGUAUGUGACAAAAUGUAGCGUUCCUACUCGGGAUAUGAAAUACUGUAUUUUGUAAGAGUCCUUUUCUGAACUAUUUUAAUAAAUCAAACAUUCUAGCUUCUUA